AUGGCUACCCAGGAAUACGCUAAUGACGAGCUGUCGAGGAGGGGUCCGGAUGAAAAGGGACCCAAGGCUUUAUCGACUUCCUUCUCCUCCUUGCACUCUGCUCCUUCUUCCUCCGCUCCAGGGAAUAACGUCGAUCGGAUACCAACCUUCUCUAUCCCGGAGGGGUUUGAUUCUGCUCCUUCACAUCAUCACAGACCUGCUGGAGUUCCCCCAGAUAUCGAGGGUGUUAUCGACGGUAUCGAGGCCACUUCACUACAGCAACGGAGGUUGAGCCUCUUCGAUUAUCAGCCUUUCUCGCUACCCCCCUCUCGUGUCCCCUCUAGAGAAUCUCCUUCUCCUUCUCGCAAUCCUGGACGUCCCGACCUGCGAACAGACUCCUCAGACAAACCAAUGCAUUCCCCACCACUCACCCCAGCCUCUACCCAUGACAAGUCUGGGUUUCGGCACACCCGUUCGGAGGAAGCCCGUGGCUCCGGGCAACAAAUUCUAGAUCCUACAAAGCUGGCUCCCGGAGAUCCCUCGAUAAUGACCCCACAAACCUCCCCGCCACGGUCGAGCUCGGCUACAACGAGCUCGGUGACAAGGCAGCCUGUAGGACAACGCCCGCACUCCUCUUCGGGGGCUUCUCAGCAGCCCUCGUAUUUUGUGGGGUAUCCAGGGUCGUCCUCAUCCGAGCAGCCUACUUUUAUCAUAGGUGGUAAGGGCAGUUCAAAGGCUCCAUCAGAAGACAGCCCGUCGGGAACACCUUCGGGAAGUGGCUCUCAGACCCCAACCCGGAUUCCACCCUCGAGACCUUUCACUCCAGCUGGGGAGCACGAUGAUCCAUAUGCGCGAAGUCGGAGACCUGUACAAACAAAAAAGAAGCCUGAGGAGAUUGAGCCGAGGUUCAUUUUUGGAAAGAGUUCACGGGGUUCAAGCACAAAUCUUCUAGGUUUAGGUGGUGAAUCAAGUGGACUUAAGCCUGAAAAGAAGCACCACUCUCACUUUUCAUUGCAUUCCCUUGGGAAACACCAUUCAAAUGACAGUAAUUCGACUCUUGGUUCAGGGCAAAAGCAAGGCUCAAUGGGUGAGUUGAAGAGGUUUUUCAAAUCGUCUCAGAAACGAUCUCGUUCUCCUGGAGCUAGCUCUAUCAAAAGCUCAAAGUCAUCAACAUCAACUGCCGCACCCUUUGCGGAUGAUCAUGGUCUCAACAAAAAGUAUGGUCGUUUUGGGAAAGUACUGGGGUCAGGUGCUGGAGGUUCGGUGAGGUUGAUGAAACGGUCUAGUGAUGGGGUCACGUUUGCUGUGAAGGAGUUCCGUCCCCGACAUAACUAUGAAAGCGAGCGAGAGUACGCCAAAAAGGUCACAGCGGAGUUUUGUAUCGGCUCGACUCUUCAUCAUGGUAAUAUCAUCGAAACGCUGGAUAUUGUCCAUGAGAAAGGAAAGUGGUAUGAGGUUAUGGAAUAUUGUCCAUAUGAUCUUUUUGCGACAGUCAUGACCGGGAAGAUGUCGAGGGAGGAGGUUGCGUGCUGUUUUAUGCAGAUUCUCAGUGGAGUUACAUAUCUUCACCAUAUGGGACUUGCUCAUAGGGAUUUGAAGCUGGAUAACGUGGUUAUGAACGAGUAUGGUAUUCUAAAAAUCAUCGAUUUUGGGAGUGCCAGCGUGUUCCGUUAUCCCUUCGAAAAUGACAUCGUCGAAGCCUGUGGUAUCGUUGGGUCAGAUCCGUAUCUCGCGCCUGAGGUAUGUAAUGAGAUCAAAUACGACCCGCAGCCAGCAGAUAUUUGGUCCCUUGCCAUUAUCUUCUGCUGUAUGACGCUCCGACGAUUCCCCUGGAAGGCGCCUCGACAAUCAGACAACUCUUUCAAGCUCUUUUCAUCCCCUUCAGACCCACCACAGAACACCCAAUCAUCCUCACCUCCGUUACCCACGUCAAAGAGCCAUCAAAACCGGACUGCUGCUGUAGCUCAGGCAGGGAAUAAUAAUAAGGAGGUCGAGGGCACCACCAACAACCCUGCACCUUCUACAGUCCAAGGAUCAGGGCAACAGAUUAAGGGCCCAUAUCGUCUCUUGAGACUCCUGCCCAGGGAGUCCAGGUAUAUUAUUGGGAGGAUGUUGGAUCUAGACCCUAAAAGGCGUGCGACCCUCGAAGAGAUCUGGUAUGAUGGAUGGAUUGGCAACCUACAAUACUGCACCCAAGAGGUGGGUGGAACAGUUUGCAAGGCGCCCGGUCACACACAUACGCUCGAGGGAACUUCGGGCGGGAGCAAUGUGAGCACGACAAAAAGUACGAAAUAA